ACACAAUUCCCGUAAAUGGGGGAGAGAGAAACGGGGAGUACGGGGGAGUCCGCAGCUGGAGAGAAGGGGGAGGCCCCCGCCGCGUGUUCAAACCACGUGGCCUGGCUCCACGCGCUCACCGGAAGAAAUAACUCAACUCUCCAAACCAAAAUGUCUGCCCCCGGUGAAGACGACACGUUUGCCGAGGAUCAGGCGGCCAUGGAGGAGAUGGGAGACACUGUCAGCGACGAUGACGAGGGAGUGGAGAUGGAGGACGGGGACGCGGAGGAAGGGGUCGAGGAGAAGGUUUAUGUGCCCGGGAUGGAGCCGCUUGCGCCAGGGGCAGAGCUGGAGAUGGACCGCUCAGCUUACCGCAUGUACCACGAGUGUCAGACGGGGGCUCCAUGUCUGAGUUUUGAUGUGCUUCGAGAUAAUGAUGGAGAUGGGAGAGAGCAGUAUCCCCUGUCUAUGCUUCUCUGUGCUGGGACACAAGCAGAUACAGCCAUUGCCAACAGACUCCUGGUCAUGAGAAUGCACAAUCUACAUGGCACAGAAAAAGACUCUGGUGAAGAGGAGAGCAGUGAUGAAGACAGUGAUGAAGAUGAGGAGGAUGAGCAGAAGAAGCCACAGAUGGAGCUGGCCAUGUUACCACAUUAUGGAGGCAUCAACAGAGUCAGGGUGACCCGGUGUGGAGAUGUUUCAUUGGCCGCUUGUUGGUCUGAGAAAGGACAGGUGGAAAUAUUUGACCUCCGACCUCAACUGGAGGCUGUGCAUAAUUCUGCAGCGAUGGCAGCGUUUUUGAACCAGCAGAAAGAGGCCAAGGCUCUGUUUAGUUUCUCUGGACACAUGACAGAAGGCUUCGCUAUCGACUGGUCACCAACAAUACCUGGUCGCCUCGUGAGUGGAGACUGCAAAAAGAACAUCCACGUUUGGGAGCCGCAGGAAGGAGGCGCGUCCUGGAAGAUCGACCAGCGUCCAUUCAGUUCACACAGCAAAUCAGUGGAGGAUUUACAGUGGUCCCCCACAGAAGCCACG